CCGAGGGCACCGGGGUGGGAAAAGCGUGGGCCUGGGUCGGGGUUUCUUUUCUCUUUUCUAUCGUUCUCGAAAUUCGCCCAAGUCAAACAGGGGUACUAUUUAUGAGGGUGGGGGUACAUUGUUGAAGUAGGUCGAAAUCAACGAUUCUUCAGAUCAUUUGUGCGUUCAAACUUCAAACCCACGCGAUCCUUCGCUGAUCCACAUAUCUCAAUGGCUCCCGCCGCCGUCAACCGAUGGCUGCGGCCCGAGGUUUACCCUCUCUUCGCCGCCGUAGGUGUGGCCGUUGGGAUCUGUGGGAUGCAAUUGAUUCGGAACAUCUCCACUAACCCUGAAGUCAGGGUUACCAAGGAAAACCGCACUGCUGGCAUACUGGAGAAUUUCGCAGAAGGAGAGAAAUAUGCUCAACAUGCUGUCAGAAAGUUUGUUCGCAACAGGUCUCCGGAGAUCAUGCCAUCCAUCAAUGGCUUCUUCACCGACCCUGAAUGAAAUAUUUCAGUCGCAUUAUGAACCCACAUUGGGUUGGUUGCUUUCGCAGCUUCUAUUUUUCUAACCUUGCCGGUUAGAACUGUUUCUAAAUGGAUGUAAGAUGCAAUUCUUAUGAAACUAAUUGAACUUAUAAGCAUGUGUGGUUGAAAUGUUUGAAUAAAUACAAGUUGUUGAGACAUUGAGUAUAUUUGCAUCUUGAUGUGUAUUCUCUCCGUACCUUUAUGUAGCAUUUGUUAAUUCUGUCAUUGAUCUUGGAGAUGGGAGUGGUAUGGGAAUCAAAUUUUUAGGUUUAG